GGUUCUUUCAAGAGCGUCUCGGUGAGGAGGCGGGAAAUGGCGUCCCGAGAAGCCGUAGGAAAGCUAUCUGUCUCUUCGUGACUCAUACUGGACGGACGGGUGAAGGACAGAGACGUUUACCGCGGUCUCCGCCGUUGUGGCUGGCUCCGCGGCCACCUCAGGACUGUACCGGCGUUAACACUUGGCGUUCUUACAUGUAACUUUUGGGACAAUGAGGCUGAGAGUGCGCAAAGCAUCUCAGCAGCCGAGUCCUACCCAACCAGCCCGGACCACCAAGGCUAAGAGGAAGCACUCCGAGGUGGAGCACACAAGGCCCUCAGGAGGAGCCAGGAUGCAGAAAAGUGAUACUGGCAUCUUCUCCACCAUCAAGAGAUUCAUUAGGGGCAAUGCUGUCAAGGUGGAGCAGUGUACCCCUGCUAAGAGGAGCCGUGUCGACUGUGACUCUGACAGUAACUUGAUCACGUCCACCCCACCCACUGGGAACCUGCCCAGCAGAACUAACCCUAGAACUCGUAGGAAAGGUCCUGCCAAUGGAGACACCAUGGCAUGUGAGAGUAAACUGGUGAAGCCUAAUGGAAAGCUGGAAGUGCAGACAGACACUCCUAGCAGCCCGCCCCGCACCACAUUGCUGGGAACUAUAUUUUCUCCUGUUUUCAACUUCUUCUCGCCAGCCAACAAAAAUGCUACGUUGGGCUCAGAUUCUCCUGGGCAGGCGGUCGAGGCUGAGGAGAUAGUGAAGCAGCUGGACAUGGAACAACUGGAAGAGACUCCCACUAGCACUACCACAGAUGGUAGUAGAGACAUAACGUUUGAUCCAGCGCUAAACUCAAGACCUUUGCUGCCGACAGACACAACAGUGGAGGAGGGGGAAAUUGCCACUGAGACUGAUAUGCCACCUUUGACAGCUGUGGGAUCAAACAGCAAUUAUCCUGAUGCCCCACCAUCCCCUCCUGCAGAGGGGACAUAUGAAGAAGAUUGGGAGGUCUUUGAUCCCUAUUUCUUCAUUAAACAUGUACCGCCGCUGACUGAGGAGCAGCUUACACGCAAGCCAGCACUUCCACUCAAGACCAGGAGUACACCAGAGUUCUCUCUCGUCCUGGAUCUGGAUGAGACUUUGGUUCACUGUAGCCUGAAUGAGCUGGAAGAUGCAGCCUUGACUUUCCCUGUGCUUUUCCAAGAUGUCAUUUACCAGGUAUAUGUCCGGUUGCGACCAUUCUUUAGAGAAUUCUUGGAACGCAUGUCUCAAAUUUAUGAGAUAAUUCUUUUUACUGCUUCCAAGAAGGUGUAUGCUGACAAGUUGUUGAACAUUCUGGAUCCUAAGAAACAGUUGGUUAGGCACAGAUUGUUUCGUGAGCACUGUGUGUGUGUCCAAGGAAACUACAUAAAAGACCUAAACAUACUUGGGAGAGAUUUGUCCAAGACGAUAAUAAUCGACAACUCGCCACAAGCCUUCGCAUAUCAGCUGUCUAACGGGAUUCCUAUUGAGAGUUGGUUUGUGGACAAAAAUGACAAUGAGCUCCUCAAGCUAGUCCCGUUCUUGGAGAAUCUGGUGGAAUUGAAUGAGGAUGUUCGCCCUCACAUAAGAGAGAAGUUUCGCUUACAUGACCUUUUACCCCCGGAUUGAGGUGUCUCAAAACUUGUGGACCAAGCUGACUGUUUUAAUGAAUUGGAGUUUUCAAAAAAGGGGACAAAAGUAUACAGGACUACGAACUCUAAUGAGGAUUUCAACUACAGAUUUACCUUUACUGGCUAUGUUUUAUGUGGGGAUGGGGUGGGUUCUCAACAAAGGUUUAAAAAAAAAAAAAGGAAUUUGGAGUAUGCAUACAUUUUAUAUAAACAUGUAAAUGUAAUUGAAGGAAAGAACAAUUCCUCAGCUUUGACUGCCUGGCCUCUAAACAAAUAUUUGAUAAGCCUGGGCUUGACAACAGAGGACACUCUUAACGAUUUCUUUUUUUUUUUUUUUGCCUAAAUUGGACUUUUAUGUACAGCGCUGUGGAGAAGAGGACUGAUGUCACUCCUUUUGGUGCUCAAAGGGACACUCUGCCCUUACUAGCCAUCAACUUUUCAACAGGAAUGGCCAGUUAAUUAAGAAUUCAUAAACAUAUAAAUAUAUACAUAUUCAGUUAUGUGUGUAUAUGUAUAUAUAACAUUUGUACAUAUGUAUUUUCCUGUCAGGUUUGUAAAACGUUCCUUUCGCUCUUGAGUUCAACAUGCAUUCCUUUUAGUUGGAAGGCUUGUUUGAUAGACAUGCUGACUUUUUAUUGAUUUUUACAAUAGGUUUGAAGUUUUAUUUUUAAACGGCUUCUCUUUUAUGCUUUAUUUUUUAAAUGCUUUUGAUUGACUGGUUAAAAAAAGUGAACAUAUCCAGUCACCUGUAAGAUGCGUAGCAUAUUUGGGUUGGGAGGGGAGGACGUGAAAAUAAUGUAAAUCACAACCUUUUUUUUUUUUUUUUUUUUCCCUGCCUUUUAUGUGUAAUUGGCUGUUAAGACAGAUGAAUCAAGACAUUUUUGGUUUCUGAUUGCUUUAGGCUGUUCUUAUGUUUAUGGGUAAUGGGGGUUUAAUGUUUUUAUUAAAUUGUUAGUUUGUUUUAUAUGCCAAGUAUAGGUAAAAUGUAAAAUACUCUAUGUGCUUUUGAUUGCUUUCUGUGGAAAUAAUGCUUGGUCUCUUUAUGAAAUGUCUGGUAAUUGUAGCACCAGCACAUGGACUAGCCUAAUCGCUGCAAAUGCAUCAUAUUCAGUGUUUCUCCCUAGCCAAUUCAAUCUUUCUUUCAAACUCAGACCGCUAUUAUAGGAAUCACCAUGUACAAUUCUACCUCUCUGAAGGGUAGACCCUGCGUUUCAUUCAGUGUUACCCCAAUGUUUUUUUCUAUGGACGUAAUACAUUAUUUUUAUGUAUCAUUAAA